AGAGGCUGAAGCAGGAAGUCGUUACCGGCGUCUGCGGUCGUUGUCCCUAUUUGCGGAUUUCUUUUUUUGUCUUACACAAAGAAAUCGCGGUUAUGUCCAACUUGCUUCGUAGUGCAGCUCUACGGAAACGUCCAGCCUCUCCCCGCCUGAUGGACCCUCGGCUCUCGAACCGUAAGUGUCGUUCCGGGUUUGAAGGUGUGUUCCGGUGUUGUGGCAGCUUCCACCGUGUACCGAGCUGACAGCGGCCUGGGUGACAGCAUGGAAGACACACACACAACAACAACAACACAACUGCUGCUGCUGCUGCGCUAUAAAACCACCGACACACACCGAACCGGAGACACACCGAACCAGAGACACACCGAACCGGAGAACCGAGCAGCUGAACGAUGGGCGGAUUCAUCUCACAGAUAUUCAACAGAUUCACCUCCAGGACCCCCGUCAGGAUCCUCAUGGUGGGUCUGGAUGCAGCCGGUAAAACCACGCUGCUGUACAGACUGAAGCUGGCCGAGGUCGUCACCACCAUCCCCACAAUCGGCUUCAACGUGGAGACUGUGGACUACAAGAACAUCAGCUUCACAGUUUGGGAUGUUGGUGGUCAGACCAUCAUCAGGCCGCUGUGGAGACAUUACUACGUGAACACGCAGGGUUUGAUAUUCGUGGUCGACAGCAACGACCCUGAGAGGAUCAAAGAGGCUGCGGACGAGCUGCACAUGAUGCUGGAGGAGGAUGAGCUGAGGGGUGUGGCUGUAUUGGUUUUUGCCAACAAACAGGAUUUGCCCAGAGCCAUGUCAGCCAGUGACAUCACCGAGGCCAUGGGCCUAUCAAGAGUCUCGCAGCCGUGGUUUGUUCAGUCGUCCUGUGCUGUCAGCGGUUCCGGUCUGGUCGAAGGUCUGGACUGGCUCUCCAACCAGAUCCUCAAACAGUAAAAAGUGACGUGAUGCUGCGCUGUUCUUCUUACUUGGUUUCCUGCUGGAUCGUCUGUGAUCUGACCCGAGCCGCAAAAUUCAGGACAAAGGAUCACUUGUAGACUUGAGCCGUUAAAUCCGCCUCAUCACAAAGACGCUUCACAUUUAUUCUUGUCCAUCGUUUUGCUCAGUUUGUGCCACGUGCCAAAAGAAAAGGUGUAAAGUUGAGGUUUUUUUGGUUUUCCUCACAUAUGUGGUAGAGCGUGUGUGAUGAAACCAGAGCUUUGGACUUUGGAGCUAAUAUCUCUGCAGAUGUUUGAACAAAGAUGGACUCAUUUAUACCUCCAAUAAUUACAACAAUCAAAGACACCAGUCGUCAGAGAUUUGAGGUUGUAGGAGGGAGCUGUCACUAUGUCUCGCAAGUCUCGGCUUUAAUGUGGACACAAGUUGAACCAAAGAGUGAUUUUUUUCCAUCUGAGUCAUUUCUGUGAAUUAUUUUAGAGGCCUGAGGAAGUGAAAGUAUCCAGAAGUUCACAAGAAAAAUAAAAAAAACAGGAAGCUGAAAAGAAGAAAAUCCCUGCACUUUGUUUUGACUUAAAGAUGUUCCUGGUGUCUGAACCUGCUGUUCUACACUGGCUUGGUUCUAACAGUAGCCGUCGGUUGUUUAGUGGUUAGAGAAGGUCGGAUACCAGCAUCUCCUCCUUUGAGAAAAGUGUUCUUGUAUGACUCCUGACAUAAAUAAGCACGAUAAGUCAAACUAAGAUGGACAACACUAAUUUCCUCCAGAACAUAAACCAGUUGGAACAAGAUGAGUGAACAGUUUUCACAGGCAGCGGGACUGUGUUUGUACUUUUUCUUUUUUUUUGGCGUGUUGUGGCUUUUGGAGAUGUUCCAAACAGCAUUAAUAUUUUUGGUGCCAACAAUAAUUUUUGAUUUGGUGGCCAAAGGAGGUUUGAAGGAUUUGUUUUAGACGAGGAAGUGGGGAAACACUUGAAAAACUGCACUGAUUCUGUUCGUCUUUUCUUCUGUUUGGGAAUUUGCACUGCAGAUGUUACAUGUCCUUUAGAAAAUGUUUUAACACUCAUAUUUCUCUGUAACCAAGAGAAACACACUAUUUAGCAGGUGUUUAUUGUAUAAAGCAAACUUUUAUACUGAAAAUGUUGCGGCCUGGUGGAGGUUUUGUUUGAUGGGGAGUCUGGAUAUUCUUCUCCAGGACAUUUUGAGCAUCAAACACCACAUUUCUUCCAUGUUUGUGAAUCUUUAUGCACCAGUUUAUGCCUUCUCUGCACAUUUUUUAAUCAAGUCCUCUGCUUUGUGCACAUGUAAAUAUGAAGGGAGAGGUGUCUCCUGCGUUGCCCCCCUGAAAUCUACGCCAAUAACUUUUGGUAUUUCUGUAACUCCUUGAUUAUAUUUAUUAAACAAUAAAGUUGUGAUGGCCAGUU